AUGGCGGCUGCAAACGAAGAAGGACCCGAGCUCGUCAUCCGUGAAGACAAUCAGUCGUGUAUCAAGAUGACGAAGAACCCAGUCAACCACGGCCGUGCCAAGCACAUUGAUAUCAAGUACCAUCACAUCCGUGAUGAGGUCAAGCGCGGUGAAGUGAAGCUCAAGUACUGUGAAACUGCGGUGAUGUUAGCGGACAUCAUGACGAAGGGACUUCACGGGCCACGCCACAAGGAGAUGACGGCGACUCUCGGGAUUCGUGAGCAUUCGGAUUGA